AUGGGAGUGGAAAGGGAAGUCGUGAGUGCUGGAACCGGUCCAAAACCGACCGUCGGUCAGAAGGUCACCGUUCAUUGCACUGGUUACGGAAAAAAUGGUGAUCUGAGUCAGAAGUUUUGGAGUACGAAGGACCCUGGGCAGAAGCCUUUCAGCUUCCAAAUUGGGAAGGGUGCUGUUAUAAAAGGAUGGGAUGAAGGUGUGCUCCAAAUGCAAGUGGGAGAAGUUGCUCGUCUACGGUGCUCUCCAGAUUAUGCUUAUGGUGCUAGCGGAUUUGGUGCAUGGGGGAUACAACCUAAUUCGGCUUUGGUUUUUGAGAUUGAAGUCCUAAGUGCGGAGUAA